AUGUUAAUCCUACGGAAUCUUGUGGUAUUGGAUUUAAAAAGAAGUACUAUGCUAUACGCUAAUAAUUUCGAAAAUAUAAGAUGUAAAUUAAACAGCAAAAGAUGGUUUACUAUAUUGAAGAAUGAAAGAUUAGAUAGAUUGAAAAGAGAAAUUCGUUACAAGCCUAAUGAUAAUUUCUUAAUAUUACAGUUUUAUAAAGAAGCUAAUGUACAUAAUCCAAAUGAAGUUAUAAAACAUUAUGAAAGCACGAAUUAUGUGAAAAAUGAAAGUAUAAUAAAAGAGUAUAUAAAAGCAUUGGUGUAUACAAACAAACUGAAAUAUACCAAUCUUGAUAAUAUAAAACAUGAUAAUAAUGAUUAUAACUCUUACAGAAAAACAACGGAUGAAUCUAAUUAUAUAAAUGAAAGGAAUAAUGAACGUUCCAAUGUGUAUGAAACGAAUAAUUUAAAAGGUGAUUCAAGUUAUAAUAAUAAUAUAUCUCAAUCAGCAUAUAAAGAAGAUUAUGCAGAUAAAAAAAAAGGAGGUAUAUAUGCGGAUAUUUUUAAUUUGCAAAUAGAUCCAAAGAAGCCUUUAAAAGUAUCUGUAAUUGAUGGAAAUAAAAAAGGAUUAUGGAAUUUACUAAAAUCAACAGUUGGGUUCUUAAUUUUAGUAGCAGCAGCAAGCGUUUAUUUAGAAGGAGUAUCACAAAAUGUACAGAAGGGUAUAGGAGUAGUAAAUAAGAAAAUAAUUCCAGUAGAAAAUGUGAAGGUAACCUUUGCAGAUGUAAAAGGUUGUGAUGAAGUAAAACAAGAGCUUGAAGAAAUUAUUGAUUAUUUAAAAAAUUCAGAUAAAUUUACAAAAAUAGGUGCAAAAUUACCUAAAGGAAUACUAUUAUCAGGAGAACCAGGCACAGGAAAAACAUUAAUUGCUAGAGCCAUAGCAGGUGAAGCUAAUGUGCCUUUUCUUCAAGCAUCGGGUUCAGAAUUUGAAGAAAUGUUCGUUGGUGUAGGUGCAAGAAGAAUAAGAGAACUAUUUCAAUCUGCUAAAAAACAUGCUCCAUGUAUUGUCUUCAUUGAUGAAAUUGAUGCAGUAGGAUCAAAAAGAAGUAAUAGAGAUAAUAGUGCAGUCAGAAUGACACUAAAUCAAUUAUUAGUAGAAUUGGAUGGCUUUGAACAAAAUGAAGGUAUUGUUGUAAUAUGUGCUACUAAUUUUCCACAAAGUUUAGAUAAGGCAUUAGUUAGACCAGGAAGAUUAGAUAAGACUAUUGUAGUGCCAUUACCUGAUAUAAAAGGAAGAUAUGAAAUUUUAAAAAUGUAUAGUAGUAAAAUAGUUUUAUCAAAAGAUGUAGAUUUACAUGUUUUAUCUAGAAGAACAGUUGGUAUGACUGGUGCAGAUUUAAAUAAUAUUCUCAACAUAGCAGCUAUAAAAUGUUCUGUUGAAGGAAAAAAAGCAGUAGAUAUGAAUUCCAUUGAACAAGCUUUUGAUAGAGUUGUUGUAGGGUUACAGAGGAAAUCUCCUUUAAAUGAUGAAGAAAAAAAUAUUACUGCAUAUCAUGAAGGUGGUCAUACUUUAGUUAAUUUUUAUACCAAAGGUUCCGAUCCAGUUCAUAAGGCAACUAUUAUGCCAAGAGGAAUGUCCUUAGGUGUUACAUGGAAAAUACCAAUUGGUGAUAAAUACAGCCAAAAAAUCAAAGAUGUUCAAAGUGAAAUAGAUGUAUUAAUGGGUGGUUUAGUAUCUGAAGAAAUUGUAUUUGGAAAGAAUAAUGUGACUACAGGUUGUUCGAGCGAUUUGCAAAGGGCUACACAUAUAGCUCAAUCACUUGUUAUGAAUUAUGGAGUAGGUAUAAAUGAAGAAAACAUAUCCAUGUUUCUACAAGAUAAAAAAAAUAUCAGCGAAGAAAUGAAAAUAAAAAUUGAUAAAUCCAUUCAAAAAAUAUUAUUAGACUCUUAUAAUAGGGCAAAGAAAGUCUUAAAUCAGCACAUUGAUGAAUUACAUAGAGUUGCAUCAGCUUUAAUUGAAUACGAAACUUUAACAAGCGAUGAAAUUAAAUUAGCUAUGCAAGGAAAAUGUGAUCAAAUAAGGAAAAACAGAGAACUGAAACAGAAAGAGUUUAAUUUGAAGGACAACAGUAUUUCUUAA